AUGGCGACAAAAGCCUUGGCGGAUCCGAUCAAGGCUCAGGAUGUUCUUGCAAAAUUGUCGGGCUCGUUUCCCAUGGACGAAGCGGUAGUCGAAGGGAAUAGCUUUGCUUCAGUGAGCCAUUUCGGUACCAGCGCGUGGACGGUGACUGGCAAGGUCCUUGCCAAAACUCGUGAAGGGACGGAUGCCGCCUACUUCUUGAAGAUCGCGUAUGGUGAGCAUGGCGGUGUUAUGCUCAAAGGCGAGUUUGAAUCUGCGAAGAUUAUAUACGGGCUCAUGCCGGGGCUCAUCCCCCAGCCCUUCGGGUACGGUAGAUACAAAACUUCGAAUCCUGUCGCUUACUUCUAUUUAUCUGAGUUCAUCGACAUGGACAUCACUCCGGCACCGGAUCCGGUGGAAUUCACCACUCAACUUGCCGCGCUUCACAAAAGGAGCGGGUCGCCCAACGGCAGAUUUGGCUUCCAUGUCGUUACGUGUGAUGGCAAGAUGCCACAUACCGUUGAUUGGCAGGACAGUUGGGCCACAUUUUUAGGGCGCCUGCUUCAGGGUGUGUGCAAGCUCGACAACUAA